AUGGGGCAGCAGCAGCGGCAGCCGCCGCCUCUCGCCCGGCUGCUAGGGGCAGCUGGAGGCCGGGGCGCGCGGGGCAUGGCUGGCGGCGGGGGGCGCGUGGCGCGGGCGCGGGGCGGCGGCGGCGGCCCCUGCUGGGCGCUGCCCGCUCUGGUGGCGGCGGCGGCGUCCCUGUCUGCAGCGGCGCGCGCGCCGGGGGUCCCCUUCGCGCAGCCCAUCAGCAACGUGGCGGUGAGCGGGGGGCGCGUGCUGGUGGCCAGCGGCCCCUGCGUCUUCCAGCUGGAGGCGACGCUGGCUCGGCCGCGCCGGCUCUCCUGCGUGGGGCGCCGCGACUCGGUCAACAAGAUCCUGCUGCCCUACGGCGAGGGCGAGGGCGAGGGCGGGGGCGGCCGCCUGGUCACCUGCUGGACCCAGCCCAACGGCGUGUGCUACCGGGGCGGCCUGGGGGCCCCCGGCGGGCGGGUGGCGGUGCCGCCGGGGAGCAAGAUGAUGGACGAGUUGGUCAGCUGCUCGCCGCGGGGCUCCUCGGUGGGCAGGAUGUUCCCCCGGGGCCCGGACUGGUUCCUGGCCAUGGCCACCACCACCCUGAAGGAGGCCGCCGACAACUGCACGAGCGAGGAGACCAACGCCCUCCACGUCGUGCGGGACAGCGAGAGCCGAGUGGGCGAGGACGACCGGCUGACCGUGCCCCACAACCACUACUUCGUGGACGUCUUCCUGUGGAGGGAGCUGCUCUUCGCCCCCUGCUAUCAUGUCACCGACCCCGGCGUCCCGCCCCGCAUGGUCGUCAUCAUCCCCCAGGACCCCCGGCGCUUGCGGUACAACCAGACGGCCUUGCAGUGCGCCGACAAAACCCGGAUCCUCUCCUCCAGCCGGCUCAUCCUGGGCGAGGGCCGGGCCUUCUGGAUCGGGGUCUUCAGCUCCGGCGAGGCGCAAAGGACGCCCACCUCCACCGCCCUUUGCCUCUUCGGCCUGGAGCAGGUGCUGAAGGACGCUGAACGCUGCGAGGGCGCCUUCCCCGGACAGCUCCGCGACUGUCGGAACAUAACACAACCAGUUAACAACUCACCAUUUCUGAAUCACUCUGAUUUAGUAUCAGUUUAUGCCACUGUGAUUCUGAAAACACCUGUUUUGUUUUUGGGAACAGGAAGUGGACAGUUAUUGAAGGUUACUCUUGAUGAGAAAAUGAGGCCAGGUUGCCCAGACAUUUUGUAUGAAAUUGAAGAAGAAACACCAAUUUUCUACAAACUUGAAUUUGACCCUCUGGAUAAGAACUUCAUCUAUCUACCAUCUAAUAAAAAGCUCUGGAGAGUACAAACUGCAAACUGCAGUAAGUAUAUUUCCUGUAAAGGAUGUUUAUCUGCAAUGGACCCAUACUGUGGAUGGUGUCAUUUGAAAAAGAGGUGCACUUUAAAAGAAGAAUGUUCAAAUAACUCGAGGAACUGGGUAGACAUUUCAGAAGGAGCUGAUAAAUGCCUGAAAAUCCACAUAUCUGGUACUUACAGAGGUGUGAUUACUGUGACUUCAGUUGGAAAUUUUUCAGACCUUUCUGAAACUUAUUUCAGUUGCAAGGUGGUUAAUGCACAGAGCAACAAAACUCUUUGUGAAAAUAAGAGUCAAGAUAUCCUAACUUGUUCCUGUUCUCUACAUUCUGAAGCUGUAACUGACAAAGUUCAAGUAUUGCUUAUUUCUGGCUCUCAGAAUUUAUCAGAAGUAUUUGAAUUUAACCACUGCUCUUUAAAGAAAACAUGUUUAGAAUGUGGAAACUCUGGCUGCACCUGGGAUGCCAGAGAACAAAUAUGUGUCUCCUCUGAUGUGACCUGCAAACAAAAGAUUGACUGUGCCAUGCUUCUCAAUGCUUCAGAUGACAAAUAUACUGCACAAAGUUUGAAGCCCAUGAACAUUAGUCCCAUUGGACCUAUGUGGAUAUCAACAUUAGGCAAAAGUGAAUUUCUGGUCAAAGGAGAAAAUUUCACAGCAUCAAAUAUUGUGAUGGAGAUAAGUGGAACUAGUAGCUGCAAACCAGAUAACAUACCUGUCACUGAAGUACUAAAUGACACACUUGUGAAAUUCUGUUUACCUCCAAGUCACAAAGAAACUAAGAGUAUAUGUAUAAAGGCAGAUGGGUUUAAAUGUUCGCUUCCUGUUCCACUCUACUACGUUUCUCUCCCAGUAUGUUCUAAAAUCUUUCCAAAUAUCUCCUGGUUAAGUGGAGGUCGCAAUAUAACCAUAUAUGGAAAAAAUCUAAAUGUGAUAGAUAGGGUGAUUAUUUCAGAUGAACACAGACAAACUUUGCAUAAUUUUUCAUGUUCUACAGGUAGUACGUGUCAUUUUCAGUCUCCAGAAUUUGCAUCUAAGGAGGAGACUAAGUUAACUUAUCUUAAACUAGAAGUAGAGAAGAAACUUAUAGAUUGCAGUGCUUUACAAUAUGAUCCUGAUCCUAAAUUUAUUCACUACGAACUUGCAACAGAUUUGGAACCUGAGCUGGAGUUAAAAAUACAUAAAAAAAAUGAUAGGUUAAAUAUUUCAGCAAAUGAGAUUGAAGUUAUUCUGAAUUACGGCAAUGACAAGAGUAUAACUUUCAUUGUCCUAAAUAUCACUACAACUGAAAGCCGUAGUACUAUACACUGCAGAGCCACAUUGGAUAAGAAUGUAAAUAAUGGCACGAUUGAUAUGUCCAAGGUGAAAGUUUGGGUGAAAGUGGGAAACCAUGAGCAUAUAGUUCCAAAUGAAUCAGCCAACUAUUCGUUUCUGUUCAUUCUUUUGUUCAUCCCUGUAGUAAUUGGGGUUGCAGUCUUUGUCACCCGAAGAAAAUCCAAGCAAUUACACCGCAAACUGAGUGAACACCUGGAGCUAUUAGAAUGUGAACUUCGCAAAGAAAUACGUGAUGGAUUUGCUGAACUACAGAUGGAAAAAUUGGAUGUGGUUGAUAGUUUUGAAACAAUCCCCUUCCUUGACUAUACGCACUUUGUUCUUAGAGCUUUUUUCCCAGAGUCUGACAACUUGGCAUCUACCUUUAUUGAAGACACUAAUCAACCACUAAGCAGAAAUCCACACAGCAAGGAUGCAAGUAUUACAGCCUUGUUUGCAUUAAUUUGUAAUGAGAAUUUUCUUGUUACGCUGAUCCACACUCUUGAAAAGCAGAAAACCUUCUCUGUGAAAGACAGGUGCCGGUUUGCAUCUUUUUUGACAAUUGCAUUGCAAACAAACCUAGUCUACUUAACCCAUAUUCUAGAAGUUUUGAUGAGGGACUUGAUGGAACAGUCUAGCAAUAUACAACCCAAGCUUAUGCUAAGGCGUACGGAAUCGGUAGUGGAAAAGCUGCUAACAAAUUGGAUGUCGGUUUGCCUGUCAGCUUUUCUUCGGGAAACAGUUGGAGAACCAUUCUAUUUGCUUGUAACAACACUCAAUCAAAGGAUAAUCAAGGGCCCUGUAGAUGUAUUAACAUGCAAGGCCUUGUACACACUAAAUGAAGACUGGUUACUAUGGCAAGUAACUGAAUUCAGCACAGUGGCAUUAAAUGUAGUCUUUGAAAACCCUCUGGAGAGUGAAGGUGAAGACACCACUCAGAAUAUCCAGGUUAAUGUUCUGGAUUGUGACACCAUAGGACAGGCUAAAGAGAAGAUCCUGCAUACCUUUCAAAACAAGAAUGGCUCUCUUUAUGGUCUCCAGCUCAGCGAAAUGGGCCUUGCCCUUCAGUCAGAUACACAAGUAAAAGAACUUCUAGACGUAGAUGCUUCCUCUGUAAUUCUGGAAAAUGGAAUUACCAAGUUGAACACCAUAGGCCAUUAUGAGAUUUUAGAUGGAGCCACUAUUAAGGUCUUUAAGAGGACAAGUCUCUUACCAGAUAUGGAAUACUUCUCUGAAGACUAUUGCCAUCUGAUAUUACCAAAUUCUGAAGCUGCCAAAGAUGCACACAGUGUAAAACAUAAAGGAAAACAAAAGUUUAAAGUGAAGGAAAUGUAUCUCACCAAACUCCUAUCUACCAAGGUUACAAUUCACUCAGUUGUUGAAAAGCUCUUUAGGAGCAUUUGGACUUUGCCCAACAAUAAAGCCCCAAUUGCUAUAAAAUAUUUUUUUGAUUUUUUGGAUGCUCAGGCUGAAAAUAAAAAAAUUACAGAUCCUGAUGUGGUUCAUAUAUGGAAAACCAACAGUCUUCCUCUUCGCUUCUGGGUGAACAUAUUGAAGAAUCCCCAGUUUGUCUUUGACAUUAAGAAAACUCCACAUAUUGAUGGUUGUUUAUCAGUCAUUGCUCAAGCAUUCAUGGAUGCCUUUUCUCUGUCAGAGCAGCAACUAGGGAAGGAAGCACCAACAAAUAAACUUCUUUAUGCUAAGGAUAUUCCACUGUAUAAAGAGGAGGUUAAAGCAUUCUAUAAAGCAAUAAGGGAGUUGCCUUCAUUGUCUGCUUCAGAGCUAGAAGAAUUUUUAACUCAGGAAUCAAAGAAACAUGAAAAUGAAUUUAAAGAGGCGGAGGCAUUGACUGAAAUUAACAAAUACAUAGCAAGAUACUUUGAUGAAAUACUGAAUAAAUUGGAGAAAGAACAAGGACUGGAAGAAGCACGGAGUCAGCUCCUGAAUAUAAGAGCUUUGGCUGAUGAAAAGAAAACAUGCAGAUGGGAAGAGCUGAAUGAUCCAUAA